AACGAGGUAGUAUAAAAACAAGAGCAUCUCUUGGGCCUUACGACGAGUUCUCCCGACUUGAUCGUGGUCAUCAAUGGCCGGAAAAUGGCUACCAUCAGCAGAGCUAACCACAAGUGGAAGACCCUUACUUUCCUCCGACGAAGUUGAAUGCUUCCUUCUCUCCUCCGUCGACAUCGAACCCAACUUUUCAACCCACCCAAAUCUCUCUCCUUUGACCUCUGGUCUUCUUACUUUGACCACCCAUCGCCUCAUUUGGAUCUCCUCCAAUGACGCCGUCUCAAUCCCACUUGCUCAAAUCACCCAUAUCUUCACCAUGAAAAAAUCCCUUAAAUCCAUGCUGUCAAUAUCCAGUCCUAGAGUCAAGUUCGAGCUAUCUCUUCCGUCAAUUGGGUCGGUCAUGGUGACGCUUGUAAUGAGGGGGAAAUCUGAUAAUCAUGAAUUGUUUUAUGAAAAGCUUUGGGAAGCUUGGAGGGGAAGAAAUUGGGAGAAGUCUGAUGGUGGGUUGCCGGAGGAGAGACAAAAUAGUGUUGCGAUUAAGGUGCCUGUGGUUGGGGUUUCUGGAAUACUUAGGAAAGAACAGGAAAUAUGGGAAAGUACUGAUAAAACUCUGCAAGAUGCUUUUCAGGACUUGAAUGCUCUAAUGAGCAAAGCUAGGGAGAUGGUGCUGUUGUCUGAGAAAAUGAGGCAAAAACUCUUAGCAGGGACAAAUAGUCACUCCAGUACUUCUGGUGAUGAGGAGAUGGGCUCCAAAGAAGAGAUGCAAGAUUGGUUGCUCAGUGUUGGUAUCAUAUCACCAGUAACAAAAGAAUCUGCUGGUGCCUUGUAUCAUCAGCAGUUGUCUCGCCAGUUAGCAGAUUUUGUCAAGGUUCCACUGGAUAGAGCUGGAGGAAUGAUUAAUCUUAUUGAUAUCUAUUGCCUUUUCAAUCGUGCACGUGGAACAGAACUGAUAUCGCCUGAUGAUUUAUUGCGAGCUUGCACUCUUUGGGAGAAGCUUGAUGUUCCCAUGAUCCUGCGGAAGUUCGAUAGUGGUGUUAUGGUCAUUCAAAGCAAAUCUCACAGUGAUGAUGAGAUUUUUGGUAGAAUCAGAACUCUUGUACUAAAACCUGAAGCCCUCCGAACUGGAAUAAGUGCAAGUGAUGCUGCAAUGGCCCUGGGAAUAGCUCCAGCAAUGGCCAAGGAACAUCUUCUCGCUGCUGAAGGCAAAGGUCUGCUUUGCAGGGAUACUAGUCCAGAUGGCUUCAGGUUUUUUGUUAAUCUCUUUCCAGAAAUUAACCUGGAUGAUAUAUACUUGGUGAGAAGCGAUGGUAUUUAUGCUUCAUGGAUUGCUGCUGUCAUAGCAUCGUAAUAAGAUGUCCUCGAGACCACGACUAUUGGAUCUUAUUUCUUCUUUUCUUUGUUUUUUCUUGAAAUGAAGGCUCGAUAAUACUUGCUUUCCAUAUUUGCAUGAUAUCGAAGAUCAAAGAGGUGUUUUCCUUUGUGAUCGAGUCGCAUAGUGAUGCAUCAAAUUAUGCUUGUACCAUUUACGUGUUGAUUCAGAUCAAGAAUGCAUAGUGAUUUUUAGUUUUCCUAAAUUUUGCCCUAAAAUUAUUUUAUUCGUGUAACCUUGUCAAAAAUUGCUGAUCUUUUAUGGUGUAAUUAUCAGUUGGGAAAUAAGAGUGCUAGUUAUUUUUA